CGGCACGGCACGGCACGGAGCGGCUCAAUUCUUCACUCGCAGCCGCAGCAGAACCCGGUCGCCACCAGCCACCGAAGCGGAUACGAUGUCUGCAGCUAGCCUCCCCCUCCUUUGCCUUAUGGUAACAGCCACCCAGGCAGCCUACUUCUCCCAGCAGCCCCAGGACCAGGUGGUGGUGUCGGGGCAGUCGGUGACGCUGCCCUGUGUCAUCGUGGGCUACCGGGGAUGGUGCAGUGGACCAAAGACGGCCUGGCCCUGGGCGGCGAGAGAGACCUGCCAGGCUGGACGCGCUACUCCUUAAUGGGCGACCCGCUAUCAGGCGAGCACAGCUUGCUGAUCGAUUCGGCAGAGUUGGCAGAUGACGCGGUGUACGAGUGUCAGGCUACACAGGCGGCGCUGCGCUCCCACCGUGCCAAGCUCACUGUGCUAGUUCCUCCCUCGGACCCUGUGGUGGAGGGGGGCCCCGUUGUCCGGCUUAAAGCCCACGCACCUCACAAUCUCACCUGCAGGGCCUUGGGAGCCAAGCCUGCAGCCGAGAUCACCUGGUACAGAGAUGGAGAGGUCAUGGAGAACGCCAUUUACGCCAAGUCGCCGAUGGAGGAUGGGAAGAGGGAGUCAGCUGUCAGUAUGCUUCCCAUUGUACCUGAGGAUAAGGACUCUGGACGCACCUACACCUGCAGGGUCCUUAACCCAGCCGCCCCUGCUGGACGACAGACAUCCAUCACCAUCAAUGUCCAGCACCCUCCUUCGGUGACUUUGUCAGUCCAGCCUCAGACUGUGACCGAGGGGGCCAAGGUCCUAUUUAUCUGCUCUGCUUCUGCAAAUCCUGAGAUCACUGGAUACAGAUGGUCAAAGGGGGGAGUUCCCAUCUCGGAAGCCAAUGGCGACAGUCUUGAGGUAACGGUGGAUCAUUCCUACUUCACCGACCCCGUCUCCUGCGAGGUGUCCAACUCCGUGGGAAGCACCAAUGUCAGCACCCUGGUCGAUGUCCAAUUUGGCCCCAGGCUGCUAUCAGAGCCCAAGCCCAUGACUGUGGACAUAGGGAUGGACGCAGCCUUCACAUGUGCCUGGACAGGGAAUCCUCCCCUGACCUUAGCCUGGACUAAGCAGGGCUCCAGUGUGGUGCUUAGUAAUGGUAACACUUUGCAGUUGAAGGCCGUUACCCAAGAGGAUGCUGGCACCUACACUUGCAAGGCCAUCGUCCCCCGUAUCGGGGUGGCGGAGAGGGACGUCACCCUGACUGUUAACGGCCCACCGAUCAUCACAGCGGAUGCUACGCAGCAUGCUGUAAAGCACUCCAAGGGCAAGCUGGAGUGCCUGGUGGGAAGCAGCCCCCCUCCUGAUAAGAUUGUGUGGACAUUUGGAGACAUGAGCCUAUCAUCGGGUUCCUCUACUGGUCGUUUUUCAGUGCAGACCGUGACCAGCAAUCACGGAGUCGUAUCUUCUCUGGUGCUGUCUGAGACGCUGGCCCAGGACUUCCAGCUGCGCUACAACUGCACUGCCUGGAACCGCUUCGGCACCGGCACAGCCUUGGUCACUCUGAAGGAACAAGAGGCCCUGCCAAUGUUGAUCAUUGUUGGUGCUACAGUGGGUGGAGGCUGUGUCCUCCUCAUCUGUGUCAUCACUUUGGUCUCCCUCUGCUGCAGGCACACUGGCAAAGGUAAGAAGUGCACACGUCUUUCGAAGAGUGACAUCAGAGUUCAGAUCGUUCACAGCGAUCACAACGCAACACGGGGGAAUGACGAUGAGGAGGAUGUCAAAGAGCCCAUGGCUCCAAACAGCAGCGAGUCUCCUGGGACUUCGCGCACAGAACACAGCGACCUUCUGGAGGAGGAGGAGGAUGAGCGAUCGGACAUCAAGGAUCCCACCAAUGGCUACUACAACGUCCGUGCCCAUGACGAACGACAUGUCCGCAACAGUGGAUUCUCUGAGUAUGUACCCAACUCACGACCAGUCUACACUCCAUCGCAACUCCCGUCCCCCAGCCCCCUCUACGGCCAGCAUGGCACCCAGCCUCGUAUCUAUGACUUCUCCCACCGUUAUGCCACCACCACAGGGACCCGCUCCACCUAUGAGCAGCAGCAGGCCGCCCAGCAGCAGGCCGCCCAGCCUGCUAGCAUCUACCCCACCGACCCCCUCUACAGCGGCUCAGCUUACCUACCUGCCACCUAUGGCCGCGCCUUUACCAGCUAUGUUAAGCCCGCCUCUUACGAGAAGGUGGAUGCUUACGACCAAUCAGAUCAGGCCAGCAAAGUCUCCAGCUCAUCCCGCUUCUCCUAUGCAUCCUCACAAGUGUCUUCCCAGCAGUCUGACUAUGGUCGACCCUCACAGCGCAUGCAGACUCACGUCUGAUUGGACAUAAUGGUGGAGAGUAGCAUAUGGGAGCUGCGAGGAGGUAACAGUAGUCACUUCCAUAUGGGUGUGGCUGGACUAACAUAAGAUUAUCGCUAAUAAAUCGGUCCUUCCAGGACAUGUUUAAAUUCAUUCGGAUGGAGCUGUAUGAUAAGGUCGUGGGAUAACCGCCCUUAAUUUAUUUGUGUUAGUAGGUGGAAGGAAGAUCUACAGUCACUGAGCCUGUGGAGUUCUUGACCUGUUGAAUUCAGCAGAUUGCGUUGUGUCGCUAAAACAUACAAUGACUACAGUGUGAUACCUCACUGGGGUAUCUCAACCAUGACACCCAGCUGACCUGUGGAGAAACCCUACCUGAGGGGGAGAAAGGCAAACUGGAAUACAAAACAAAUGCAUCUCCUGACUUCGGGGCGGCCAACAGUGACGAGGUGGGGGGGGGGGGUGUUAGUGAUUUACUUGGAUACUAGAGCCUUUUGUCUCUCAACCCGAACAAAAUCUCAAACAUGACACGUUAAAAGACAUCGAAAGAAGAUGAAAACAAGACGUAUUUGAGGAGAAGAAAAAAAAAAGAUGUAAACAACAUUUUGUCGUCCGUCGUUUGAUGUUCGUUGGCAUGCGAAAGGAAUUCUAAGCACAUUUGUGUCUGUAUCCAUCAAUGAAAGACUGAGCUACACAGAGACGGUCCUAAAGCAUUCUGCAUAAGAAUCUCAGCUCUGCUGAAUGAUUUGCACCACAGGCUCUGUAUGGACAGUCUAAUCAGUGGCAGUGUCCUUUUGGCCAGAGCUGCAUUCCUCCAGCUUUGAAGAGUGUCUUUUCUGAUAAUGACCCUCGCCUGUUGAACCAGUCGGUGCUGCUUGCAGGGGCAAUAAGGAGAUAUGAAAAGAAUGUGUAUCGUAGCCUUCAUCUUAAUGAGACUGUGUUAACUGUGUGUUGUACCAUGCUGGACAAAGUAAGGCCAUGGCAAGCCAAAGAUGGUGGUAAUUGUAUAGGAAAAGACAAAAGGCUGAGGCUUGUGCACUGCUGUCCUACUCUCAGUUCUGUUUUGUAACCGUGUCUUCAAAUUGUAAAAUUUAGGAGAAGGCUAUUGCCAGAACAAUCAUAGCUGGGGGUUUGGAUAAUGGCUGGUUAAUCUUGAACUAACUUGAAUUAAGUGUGAGUGCGGCCUGUAUUUUAGCGGACCCAGGUGGUUUAAGACGUGUAAUGCUGUCCCACUUUGGACCGCGCGCCCUCCGGUUUUACAACACAAUCAAAUAGUUUCAACAUGUUUACAAAGACAGUACUACCCUGACAUACUGACAAAAUAGCUGUACAAAUAGGGUGAGCCCAUACUUUCUCUCUCUGUUGCAUGCAAAUGAUGUGUCUAGUGAAACUGUUCAGCGUUUAUUUCCAUGCCCAUUCCAUGUUCGAGACAUUGGUUUUCCGCACCAGCUGCAUUCCGCUUCCACAGACCUGCAAGUCGUAGUCUGGGCUCCAGUACUGCCACCGGUCCCAACGGCUGCUGCCAGGCAGCCCGAUGAGAACAAACGUCACGAAAAGUGAGGAAGAAAAGAUCAUUGCUCGUCUUUAUUUUUGUAUUUUAUAUAAGCCUUAAUGUACAGCGUGUAAGCAACUCUAUUGUAAAGUAUCUUUAUAUUAUAUACAUAUGUAUCCAUGUCUCCUUUUGAUUUUAUUUGGGUCCACAAACUUUCUCUUUUAAGUUGAUCAUCAAUCACUGAAUGCAAAGUUACUAUGCUUCUCAGAACAUAACUAAUCGCCAUUUGUUUUUGUUUUUUUAAUAAUGUUAUUAAGAGUUUUAUUUGCUAAAAAUGAUCUACCGUUGCUUGUAACUUUGUACACAUAUUUAUAUUUAAAUAAAACCAUUUCCGAUAAAUAACUGGCUACUUGGGUUCCCGUGAAUUAGUCAUCCCCCAAAAGUGGGUUUGUUGUGUGCACGCGGGAACGGAGACAAACAAAGCUGCCUGUGCAGCCGAGAUGAUGAAUACAUAAAUUAGCGGCGCUGCCUAUGUUGAUUUUCCUAUUCCCACAGUAGAGCGCCGCUUUUAAUGAAGACAGAUGAGAUGGCGGAGCCCCCCGCUGUAUGUGUACCCGCCUCCCAACGCCAGCAUCCCCGGCCCUCCUAAGCGUAACGGGAUACGGCCGCGACGACGCCUGGUAUGAUGUGACAACGUGAGCUUGUCUCGACACCCCCGCGUGCUCCUCCGGUGUGGGUGCAGCCCCAGAUAG